GGCGCCCCGCCGGAGCCGUCGGCGAGUCUCGGAAUGGGGCAGGUCUUUGCCAAGCUCUUGAGCAUUUUCGGAAGCCGAGAGCACAAGGUUAUAAUUAUUGGUUUGGACAAUGCUGGGAAAACUACCAUCCUCUACCAGUUUCUCAUGAAUGAAGUUGUGCACACGUCUCCCACUAUUGGCAGCAACGUAGAAGAAAUUGUUGUACGCAAGACACACUUCCUGAUGUGGGACAUCGGUGGGCAAGAAUCCCUGAGGUCUACUUGGAACACCUACUAUUCCAACACAGAAUUCAUCAUUCUUGUGAUUGAUAGCACGGACCGUGAGAGGCUGACAUUGACAAAAGAGGAGCUGUACAAGAUGCUGGCUCAUGAGGACCUGCGCAACGCAGCUGUGUUGAUCUUUGCCAACAAACAGGAUGCCAAAAAUUCCAUGUCUGCCUCUGAGAUCUCCAAGUUUCUCACCCUCAGCUCCAUCAAAGACCAUCCGUGGCACAUUCAAGGAUGUUGCGCACUCACAGGAGAAGGCCUUCCAGCUGGUUUAGAGUGGAUGACUUCUCGUGUUCAAGCUAACUGAUGCCAGCCAAAGCUAUGCUAGAGAAGAAAGACAACCUCAUGUAUUUAUUCCUGUUAUGCAAAAGCUCGGGAUCUAUUUGGACCUUGGCCUGGCUUUUGUUUUCUUCCUGAAAGCCAUCGAACUGGAUUUUGAUACAUUUCAAUGACAUUAUGGAAGGAGAUAUGAACUGUGCCUACUGAGAAAGGGGCAUGCAGAGAUUUCUUCUAGACCAAUCUUGAACCACAGGAGAUACAUCCUGCCAUUGAACGGCUGCGGGGAGGGGGUGGGGGUGAAGAUUUAAAAGUUUCGCUCCUACACUUCUCCUGAUGGAAUAGCAAAGCAUUCCCAUGUACCUGUAAAAGCCUUGUGAACUGAAAACAAGGUCAUGUGAGAGUUGCCAAAUGCAGAACCACACAGUCUGUCCCCCCCCAUCAAAAAAAAGCAUUUUUGCUUUGCUAUACCAGAACCAGCAAGUGGUGAAAAAGCCGCGUUGUGGAGCAUGCCUUGAUCUCACACUCAGGCUUCAGACAUACCUGGGCCGCUUUCCAAAUUGGAAGAUGUCCAAGAGACUUCUGGAACAAAAGAGCAUUUGAGAGUUCCCUUGUUCUCGUGGGAUUGUUCGUAUUUCUCUAUGGAUAGGACAGAAUGAUCGGGAUGCUGAAUUUGCCCUUCGGUGUCCUUUUUGGGUCUCACUGUUCUCUCUCUCUUUCUCUUUCUUUUUAUUUUAUAAAGUCCUGACUUUUUAGUGUCUGUUAAUGUCAGGCGAAAAUUUCCGCUGCUGUUUUUUCAGAGAAAGCUUCUUUUUACCACGUUCAAGACAAGUCUUGCCUUGUUGGGUUAUCCGCAGGCAGCUGUAGUGUUCAGGAAAAGCAGUUUACAUCAGAGCAAAAAAAUCUCAAUAUGGGGGGGAAAUGCAACCCCUACCUCAUAAGGGAAGAUUCCUUCCCUUGCUUCCUAAAUGAGGCACACUCUUCCAUUGUUUUGCAAAUUUUCAAGGCAAUUGGAAUGAAUGAUCUCAACCAAUUUGGGAGGGGGACAGUUGGCCCACACUGCUUUACGACCCCUUCAACACCUGCUGCCAUCCUACAUUACCUAGUUGUUUGACUGGGAAAGAGAUAUCUUAUAGUGCCUGUUUCUCCACCGUUAAGACCUGUGUAGACUGCUGAACACUAAAGGCAGAGGAAUGCUUUGAAAUAUUCCAGUAUUUGGGUAAAGACAGAUUACCACCAUGCAUCUGUGUUCUCCUAUAGAGGGGGGAUUUUUUAAGAUUGUGAUCUUUUGAGACUUUUUUUUAGUAAAAUGUUUCCUUAUUAAAUGCUAUUUAUUUUUCACA